GGAGAUUGUGAAAAGUUUGUGGCAUUUUGUUUCCAGCUUCCCAAGUUACACAGACUUAUACUGGAAAUGAUGAACUAUUUAAUCAUUUUCAUACUGGGUCUUUUUGUUGCGGAUGGUCAGGUUUCUGCAGAAGACAGUGACCAGGUGUUAUAUGUCCUUCCACGAACUGAUCAACAGGCUGAAGUUCUGAAGAAUAUAACUUCUCAGCCAGAGGUUGUUCUGUGGAAGCCUGAUUCUUAUGAACACAUAAUGAAAAAUAAAGAAGUUCACUUUUAUGUGAAUGUAUCCUUCGUGGACACGGUGAAGGCACAGCUGAAUCAAUCUUCAAUUAUGUACACGGUUUUGGUUAAAGAUGCCCAAGAACUUAUUGAACAGCAGACAUUUAAUGAUACUAGCAAUCAACGCAGUUCUAAGUCUUUUUAUGAGCAAUACCACACACUGGAUGAUAUAUACUACUGGACUGAACAAAUUGUAGAGAAGCAUUCAGACAUGCUGCAAAGGAUUAACAUUGGAUACUCAUUCGAAAACCGUCCUCUUUAUGUGUUGAAGGUGUCAGGUAAAGAGAAGACAGCAAAGCACGCGGUUUGGAUUGACUGUGGGAUACAUGCACGGGAAUGGAUUUCUCCUGCAUUCUGCUUAUGGUUUGUUGGACAUGCUGUUGAAUACUAUGGAGUGGACCUGUCCAUGACAAAAUUGCUCCACUAUCUUGAUUUCUAUAUCCUACCUGUGAUGAAUGUGGAUGGGUAUCACUUUUCUUGGUCAACAAAAAACCGAAUGUGGAGGAAGAAUCGCUCCAAAUACACUACCAGUAACUGCAUCGGAACUGAUUUAAACAGGAACUUUGACGCUGGCUGGUGUGGUCCUGGUGCUUCCAGUGAUCCCUGCCAAGAAAUAUACUGUGGACCUUAUCCUGAAUCUGAGCCUGAAGUGGCAGCUGUUGUCAAUUUUAUAAAAAAACAUAAAGAUGUUGUCAAGGGCUAUAUAACUGUACACUCUUACUCCCAAAUGGUGCUUUUUCCAUAUUCAUACACAAAUGAGAAAUCAAAAGACCAUGAUGAGCUGCUACUCCUGUCAAAAAAAGUUGCUGAAGGAAUUAGGUCAACAUCUAGAAAUAAAUAUAUAUACGGUCCAGGAGCAGAAACCAUUUAUUUGGCUCCAGGAGGCUCCGAUGACUGGGCUUAUGAUUUGGGGAUCAAGUAUUCUUUCACGUUUGAACUACGGGACAAAGGGGCAUAUGGGUUUUUACUUCCUCCACAACUAAUAAAGCCAACAUGCAGCGAAGCUAUUACUGCUGUUAAAAUAGUUGCAGCCCAUAUUGUUAAGAAUUUGUAAUGCAUAACCUUUCAGAAUAUAUUCAGGAGUGUAUAGCUUGUAAUUUGAUUCAAGGUAUCAGUAAAUUGUACUUCACACCAAAAGUCUGUAUACUGAAAUUAUGAAUACAAUAAAAAUACUGUACAAAUUGUUGUAAACGA